AUGGUAAGUUAAUGCUAAUGCAUGGAAACAAUUUUCAAAUUCAGGGUAUUGACAUCAACCAUAAACACGAUCGCAUCGCGCGCAGAACUGCUCCAAAGAGUGAGAAUCCGUACGUACGUCUCCUUUCGAAGGUGUGUUUUUACUUUCACUGGUAAAAAAAAUACUGUGCAUGCGUUGCCUUUUUUCAUUAUUGACAUCGCUGAACAACCGAACAAAUUUAAACAAGCUGCGAAGCCGCUUUCGAUGCAUAAUUUUUGCAUUUCUAACUGGGUUUUCGAGCAAUUUUUCCGUUCUGUACCGACUUUUUAGACAGUCGUAUUAAUGAGAUAGAUAAAAAGUAAUACAUCUGGAAAAAAAUCUCUCGUGCUUGAAAAUCACAACUUUAAGGAUGUCUAGGAGUCAAUUUAAUUUAAAAUUUUAAAAUGGUUUCUACUUCAGCUGUACUCCUUCCUCGCUAGACGCACUGGAGAGAAGUUCAACUCGAUUGUCUUGAAGCGACUCCGUAUGUCUCGUCGCCUUCGCCAGCCGCUUUCCCUUGCCAAGGUUGCUCGUGUUGCCAAGCAAUCUGGAAACGAGAAAAAGACUAUCGUCACUCUCUCUACUGUGACCGACGAUGCUCGCCUCUACAGCGUUCCCAAGAUCACUGUACGUCAUUUUUUGAAAACUUGCUCUGUUGAGAAAUUUUUUUUAAAGCUGACAAGUUUAACAACAGCAUUCUUCACGUAAUAUACAUGCGUAAUAAUAACUCAGGGAUUUGAGGUGAGGAAACAGCGGCGGAAAGCGGGUGGAACGCACUUACAACCGUGUUUCGCCACAGUGCCGCCGCUGCUUCGCCAGAACUCCGCCAGAACAGUGCGUCGUUUUCCGUUGCAACGGCGUUCCGCCACCGUUUCGCCAAAGCUGCCGCCGCAGUGAUCUCGCCACGAUUUGAGUUUGGCGAAACAGCGUUCCGCCGCUGUUUCCUCACUUCAAAUCCCUGAGAAGUUUAUUGCACUGGCAAUGAGACAAAGGAUAGGUGGAACCGGGAAAUAGAUGCGUCAAAUAAAGAUUAGAAUUGGCGUAGACAGAAAGAACUAGAACGAGAACGUAUUUUGUCAGCGCUCUUGUCAAAAUUGUGUUUAAAAGUGUCGUGCACUAAAAAAGUAACGUUUUUGAAAGAGAGUUCAAAGUCGAGAGUUUAUGUUCCCAAUGUUCUAAAUUCUGAGAAAACGAAUUUUUCUGAAUUAUACGAAAAAAGCUAAGGAGACCACAAGAAGUAAACGCAGUUAUCGAUUCUUCGUACAGCACUCGAAGAAUUCGGUCUGGAUUUCGAUUCUGAUCCUGAGAUUCUACAUUUGUAACUUUGUGGAUGGCCUCGAGGAUUCCGAAACGAAAUUAUCUUGAACUUUUUUUAAAAUUUGGUGACCGGGCGACUAGCUAGAAAGCUCCACCUGUCGUGUACUACUCGUGGUCUCUAGCUUUUUUGAAAAGAUCGGGGAAAAUUUUUCAGAAUUUAGUACUUUGGAGACAUAAAAAACCCACUUUACUUGAACUUCAAUUUAAAAACAUGUUACUUUUUUAGUGCACGACACCUUUGAGAUGUCGGGGCAUAACCGGGGUUCCCUCAAAAUAUUUUCAAAAAUAUUCUUCAGGUUGCUGCUCUUCAUGUUACCGAGGGAGCUCGUGCCCGAAUUCUGGCUGCUGGAGGAGAAAUCAUCACUCUUGACCAGCUUGCGCUCAAAUCCCCGAAGGGAGAGAACACCGUUUUCCUCCAGGUCUGUUUGAAUUUGAAAUCUAUCAGCUUUCACUUCGAAUAAUUUUCAAAUUAUCGACGUACUAUCGAUUCGAUAGUAUCAAUCCCGGAAAGAAGUUUUUUGAACCCUUACAUAUACUUAGGGGGCGUGGACUGCCGAAUUUUCUCCCUGAUCGCGCCCGCGCAUAUUAUAGGGGCACCGGAUAGAAAGGGCGCGCUGUUCGCAAUCUAGCAGAAUUUCUAGGCCGCCAAGUAAUUUUCCACUGAAAACGUGGCCUAACUUUUCAAACUCGGCCCCGAGGUCGCUCAAUUUGCACUGCAAAAAGAGUUUCUCAACAGAGCGCCAUUUCUGUGCGAUGCCUCUAUAAUAUUUGAGUGCCUGUACGUUGAGCGGAAUUCCGUCUGCCGUCUUCCGGGAUUUUUUCUUCUUACCGUAAAAGAGUAAUAGCUUUUCAGAAGCCAUUUACUAGCCCCGAAUAACGCGAAUUUCCACGGGCAGUGGCCCAGAUCCAAAAUUUUUUUGUUGCUUAGUUAUUUUUUUCACCCGGAGAAAAAGGUUCUGCAUUGACGAUUUUUUUCUUCCGUCUUCAGGGAAAAAAGUUUUCUUCCGUCUGCCGUCUUUCGUGAGAAAAUUUUUUUCCCGUUUCCCGUGUUCCCUAAAAAAAAUUUCUUCCGGAUUUCAAAAUUCCAUUUCCGCUCAACUUUGGUGCGCACCCCGUUUUUCAAACAAAUCUCUGUCAACUUUGACAGGCGGCUUUUCAGAAGUGAUUCUGGCACACAUUCCAGCGAUGAUGGCACUUUUUUAUUUUUGAAAUGACUAGAUAAAUAUACAUUUUCAGAGCCCUAGAUCCUCUAGGAGCAGAUUUGUGUUUAUUUGAGUAGACCCUAUUGACCGAAUUUCUAGUUUUUCGAUAAUUUGAGGGUCACAGACAGCCAACACGCGCCUGUUUUCGACGAAAUCGGAUUCAGCGUGAAAUUCUCUACCAAAUCACCCUAAUUGCCCCUUACGGGGUUUUUAAGUAGAGAAUUCGGUUUUUAAAGGAGGCAUCCGGGGAGCGAAUUGAAAAAUAAUUUGGCACUGCAAAAAUGUACCUUGACGUUGUUCCCUAUCACUACUCGGUACUAAAUACCACUCAAAUUUUUUUCAGAAUUUCACAAUUUUUUCAGGGACCACGCUCUGCUCGCGAGGCCGAAAAGCAUUUUGGACCAGCCCCAGGGGUGCCGCACUCGCACACAAAGCCAUACGUCAGAUCGAAGGGCCGCAAAUUCGAACGCGCUCGUGGACGCAGGGCUUCCAGAGCUUAUAAGAACUAAACUGUUGUUAAUUUAUUCACACUAUUCUUUUGGAAUUGUGCCGAAUAAAAAUGUGUCAAUGUUUUGUUUCCCAAUGUCCGUUUAGUAAAAUGACGAACCGUUUGCGUUUUACUAUAACGGUUAGCAGUCCUAAGGCUAGGAUAUUCAACUGUCUCGCCAUAUUUUUAUCUUGUGGCCUUGAAAAUUUAUCAGCGGGAAUUGCAUUUUCAAAUCCGGGCCGAGUCGACGGGGAGUUGUCGGCUCGGUUCGAGACAAAACAUUGAAAACUUUAUUUAAAAGUUCUGCAUUUUUUGCCAAAGUAGACACCGCCACGCAUAGAAAACCAGAGUUCUCCAAUAAUUUCCAGCUAAGGGCCGGAAAAAACGAAAAAAAAAUGAAUCACUGAAUAAACCCAUACACCUAUACGGCGUUGGAAUAGACCUGUUUUGAAAUAUUUUUUGAAAAGAUUCCGUUUUGAGAUGAGGUCCAUUUCGAAGGCACAUUUUAGGCAACGUCUUGGCGAACGUUGUAGCGUUAUUUCGAGAUAAGUUCUAUAUGAACACCAUUUUAGCGUAGAAAGAUAGGUUAAUUGUGUUAAAGUUUUAUCAAUGUGACAUUGUUGAGGAAUAAUGCUAUGAUGACUUUCUGUCAGGCCCCAAUCCGUUUCAUAAAAGGGAAAAACGCGAGAGUGCGUUUGUCAGCUGAUGUAUGUGUGGCUUACGUGGCAACGCGAGAGUGCAAAAUUCGUGCAUACACAUCAAACAAUCAUAGAAAUCGUUCGUAUUUCGUUCUAUUUACGUUAUUUUAUAGCAUGGCACUCAGCCGGUAUAUUAGCCGAAGAUACCAUUGGUUGAUACAAUACUGUGGACUGAUUUUUGUACUGUAUCUGGUUUAUUCCUAUACUAUCACAAGUCCUCAGGUUUCAGUCAGUAAUGCUCGUUCAUUAGAACCUGAAGAAGAUACUCAAUACGGUAAGUAACGUCAAAAACUACCAUACUUGCAACGGGCCGGGCCAAAUAUUAAAUUUCUCCGGAAAAAAGACUUGCUAAUUUACUGAAUUUCGCCAAACAAAUAAAAAAAGAAGUUACAUCAGUUACAUUCGAAAUUACAUCAGUUACACUCAUCGCUUUCAGAGAACUAUAAGCAACGUCAGUCAGGUGUUUUGGAUCCAUUCGAAAAAUAUGGCGGACAAGAGAAAAUAGUGAGACUGAAUAUUAUGGCGACAUUUUUUUGCAAAUCCGCUCUUUUGCAAAACCAUUUUCGGUAGUGAUCUUGGGGGCCGUCACGAAGUAAUUUUUUAGCUGUUUUCCACUUUAAAAUCGGCCAAAAUUUGAUAUUAUUCUCUUCCGGGGAAACUAUUCGACCCGAGACCAUUGUAGUUUGCGGAUGCAGAAAGAGUUUAUCAACAGAUCAGACUUGCAUUGAAAAACCCUAUAAUAAUACACUAUUUUGGUCAAUGAUACUGUUCAGAAGUGGGAGGAUGAAGCCGUCUAUGAGCGAGAAAAGCGAAGAGAAGGCCCGGGCGAAUGGGGAAGUCCUGUAAAGUUACCGAAGGAUGAAAAUGUUGAGAAAGAAGCGGUAACUAUAGGAAAUACUUAAGAGAAGUUAAACGUCAACUUUUAGCUCUCCUUGUACAAAGCUAAUGGCUAUAACGCUUACAUCUCUGACAUGAUCUCACUAAAUCGCUCAAUUAAAGACAUUCGUCACAAGGAAUGCAAACAAAUGUUGUAUUCGGCUAAGCUCCCAACAGUUUCAGUUAUUUUCCCUUUUCACGAAGAAGUGAGUACUGCAUAAUGCCGCGUCCAAAGUUUAAAAAAAACGCGGAAAUCUGAAUUUUGCAGUCCUCAGUUUGCAAAAAUUUCACACAAAUUCUACAGAACAGCUGAACGAAUGUCACCGUACACCAUCAUUUGUUUUUUGUUCCUUUUUUUUUUCAACCGUAGGCUGGCCCUCGCUACAAUACCGGCUCCUUUUGAAACUCGAUUGCAAUCUAAUUAGAAGAGUUUGCAAUCUAAUAAGAAAAAGCUCUAUUUCGCAAUCUAAUCAGAUUUAAUUGAAGUUCCAGUAAAAUCGUAUUAGUUAGAAUUAGAAGAUUUUGUAAUCUAAUUGAAGCAAAUUCUAUUUCAAACGAGUUCGUAUUAGAUUGUAAUGUUUUCUAAUUAGAUUGAGAUCGAGUUCCCAGAGUCUAAGGACAGCCCAUAUAUGUUGUCACAUAAGUAGAACUCAUCGAGAUCUACAAUCUGAUAUGUCGUUCUACGCACAACUUUUAUUUUGAAACAAUUCAUCAGCCGGGCCGUACCGGCCCGUUUGCAAGUAUUAUAGGGGCACCGCACAGAAAUGGCGCUCCGUUGAGAAACUCUUUUUGCAGUGCAAAUUGAGCGACCUCGGGGCCGAGUUUGAAAGGUUAGGCCACAUUUUCAGUGGAAAAUUACUUCGCGGCCUAGAAAUUCGGCCAGAUUGCGAACAGCGCGCCCUUUCUGUCCGGUGCCCCUAUAAUAUGAUGUACGUUCAAACAGACUUGCAAAAAAAGGGCCCGGGCUUGCUUUGCCAAUCUAAUUAGAAAAUUUACCAGUCUAGUGAGAAGAAUUUGCAAUCUAAUCGCAGCAGACUUGCAAAAAAAGGGCCCGGCCCGUCACAAAAAAUGUGUGCGAAUUUUCCAUGAUUUUUUCGGAAUUUUCGAUGAAAGAAGCGCGAGGAGACGUUUUCGAGUGACAGCUUCGGAAAAGAAAUUAUUUUUUUAAAUAACAUUUCUGGUUGAACGGCCCCGACGGGCCUUGUAGAGUUUUUUUAAAGCCCGGCCCGGCCAGUUGCAAGUCUGCUUUCAAAACAUUUAAAAAUUUUCAAAAAAUACCGUAGUUUUACGGUGUGCGGUAACAUUCGUUCAGCUGCGCGCGUCUCGGUUUUCUGUGCUUUGGACUGCACGUAGAAUGUGCAUGCGCUCUUUUGAGAAAUCCUUAUUUUUGGGAUCUCCGGGGCCCUUCGGUAAGUAUCUGUUUUCAUUUGGCGCUGGGUUGGAGAUUAAAAUUGCAACAGAGCAAUUCACUCUGAAAUGCUCCGAUAGUUACAGUUCAAAACAGAGCUGCUCUUCAGGUCGCAGACAAACUAACACGGGGUUCCGAAGACGACGUGAACAAGCGUGCUUUAUCAAAAUCAUACGCGUUGCGACGCUGCGACGCUGCGACGCGGUUGGCGUCGUGCCGAUGUUCAAAUUUCAUCUGAAAACGAAGGUUGAAAUUGAAAAAAUAGCGGAAAAUUUUGGAUUAGUUGGGUUGCAUUGUCUUCGUAACCCCGUGAUUAAGUCAACGAUAGAAUACCCUAAACUGGUAACGUUGCAGCAUAAUUCUACUCUUCUCCGUUCGGUUUACUCAAUUAUCAACAGAUCACCGCCGGAAUUGCUCAAAGAAAUUAUAUUAGUUGAUGAUUUCAGUGAAAAACCAGCUUUGGGACAAGCAUUAGAAGAUUUCCUUAGAAAACACAAUGUUGACCACAUUGUAAAAGUUUUGAGAACAAAGUAAGUGUUUACAAUUUUAUUAUGGGUGCAUUUCAGUUCAAAUCCGCUAAUUUUCCAAUGAGAAAAUUCUGAAUUAUUAUGGCAGCAUUUGAAUGCAAUCGGGCUCUACCGCAAUCCCAUGUGAAAGCUUUCACGUGGGAUUGCGGACCUUUUCCAAUUUAGCACUGAAUUUACGUGGUUUGCGGUAGAGCGCGAUUGCAAUCAAAUGUACCUGUAAUAUUAAGAGCGUGACAAUCCCGUAGAAAAUUGGAAACCCGUAUAGUCAAAUCCCGCAGAAAAAUGUCAACUCCCGUAGAAAGGGACGGGGCCUAAUGCAAGGUACGCGCACACUGUUUUGGCUCAUUUUUAUUGCCUUUUUUCGCCCCUUUAGUAACUAUUCAUUUGAGACACGAAAUUUUGACAGAACGAUUUCGAAUUUUCUACGGGAUUGUAACACUCUCGUAAUAUUUCGAGGCGGAAAAUUAUUUGCAAUGAAAUUUCCCUAUCAAUAUGCGAAAUUUUUCCAGGAUAGCGAUGGGAGGAUACGGUAGAUCACAGUUUCCCAAAUGUUUAGGAGUUGAACUAAAAACGGCUUGUCACGGUGUGUCAGCGCGAACAUGUGAAACCAAUUUGAAUUACCCGCCGAAAAAUCACCCUAUUUAGCUGCGUAGCGAUGCUUUCAGUGCUUUAAGAGCUUUGCGAUACAGAGUUGUGCUUUUUUACGUGACUGUGCAGAUUAUGUGCCAGACUGUCCGGUAUAUCCUCUAAAAAUUCAAAACUUUCUUACCGAAACAUGCCGUUUGGCUCAGUGCCCGUUCGCCAGAGCGCAUGUUCAAAAAUGUUCGCCGUGCUUGUAUACAAUUUUUUCUUUAUUUGCUUUUACAUAUGUGAAAUCGGCUUGGUUUGUCUGAAAAAUGGGGAAAACUGUGAUCAACCGUAUCCCAAUCAUAUUUAAAUGCGCAGAACUUCCGCGUGCUUCUUGAAAAACUUCGCUCGCGAGACCCGCCACCGAGAAAGGCGUCAAGUCGCACGAUCCGGCGAAUGCAUAAUACCUCACUGAAUUGUUACAUUUAACAGGAAGAGAGAAGGCUUGAUAAGAGCUAGGCAAUUGGGAGCAGUCAAUGCUAUUGGCGAGGUACUAAUAUUCCUGGACGCUCAUUCGGAAGCGAAUUAUAAUUGGCUCCCACCACUAUUGGAUCCAAUAGCAGAAAAUUACAGGUAAACUGUUUGAACGGUGUGUCAGCGUGAACAUGCGAAAAAUAAUUGAAUGUGGGUGACAGCUUGCAAUUGCGAUCUAUCGCUAUGCCCAAUUUUGGACAAACUUUCGUGAUUUGCAAAAAAUGUUGUACCCCUUAAAUAAAUGUCUACUGAACUGUUUUGACAAUUUUUAAUAAUAAUUCAUUUAUUCACUUCGACCACCUAGGAAAAAUGUUAACAGAAUCUUUCGAUUCGAUUUGGAUACCAUUCAGGAAAUAUCUAGUUAUCGGGUUUUUCUUCCCAACGUGGAAAACUGCGGACUUAUUUUCUGCUAGUUUCAGUUACCAGAUUUCACACCAGGAUACCCUAUUGUACCACCACAAGACGGUUGUUUUUCCAUUUACAGAACUGUUGUUUGUCCGUUCGUUGAUGUGAUCGACUGCGAGACUUAUGAGAUCAGGCCCCAGGAUGAAGGAGCAAGAGGUGCUCAAACCGUUAGUAGACUUUAAAAAAAAGUUUUUCCUAGGUUCCUUCGACUGGUCCUUCAAUUACAAGCGACUGCCGCUGACUAAAAAAGAUAGAGAAAAUCCUACAAAACCCUUCGAUUCUCCCGUUAUGGCUGGCGGAUAUUUUGCUAUUUCUGCAAAGUGGUUUUGGGAACUGGGAGGUUUGUUUUUUAAUCAGAUUAGUCUCGCAUUUCCAAAAUAAGUAGUCAGGUGAAUCGUUUCUAUUAUAGGAGCACCGGACAGAAAGGGCGCGCUGUUCGCAAUCUGGCCGAAUUUCUAGGCCGCGAAGUAAUUUUCCACUGAAAAUGCGGCCUAACUUUUCAAACUCGACCCCGAGGUCGCUCAAUUUGCACUGCAAAAGGAGUUUCUCAACAGAGCGUUAUUUCUGUGCGGUGCCCCUAUAAUAAUCUAGCUAACUAAUUCGCGUUUCCAACCGGACCUAGUUAGAUUGCUACCGAUUUCUGAAUCUAGCUAGCCGAUUUUGCAAUCUAAACAUAAUCUAGCUAGGUUUGCCCGAAAUUUUAAUUUAAUUAGAUAAAUUUUGAAUCUAAUAUCAGUGUGUUUGCAAUCUAAUUAGCUUCGCCAAUCUAAUUAGAAAAUUUACCAGUCCAGUUAGAAGAAUGUGCAAUCUAAUCGCAGUAAAUUAGCAAUCUAAUUAGGUUCGGUUAGAAACGCGAAUUAGCUAGCUAGAUUACAAUCGAUUUACCUGAGGGUGUUCCGUGCAUUUAAAAAGUCUUCGAAAUUCCUAUAUUUUCUGAUUGUCAGUCAACAAAUAAGAAUUUUUUUAAACUAAAUAGAGCGUUUAACGCUUAGCGUCAGCUCGACCCGCGUAGUGCUCCUGCGCUUCAAAAGUCUUGUACUUGUGAAUUCUAUUUUUUAACAACUCAAUCUAGUUGUUCCAUCACAGUUCUAGAAGAUUUUCAGGGUAUGAUGAAGGACUUGAUAUAUGGGGAGGUGAGCAAUAUGAACUAAGUUUCAAAGUUUGGCAGUGUCACGGCCGGAUGGUAGAUGCCCCAUGCUCUCGAGUCGCUCAUAUUUAUCGUUGCAAAUACGCUCCAUUCAAAAAUGCUGGAAUGGGUGACUUUGUCUCGAGAAACUAUAAAAGAGUUGCUGAAGUUUGGAUGGAUGAGUUCAGACACACGUUAUAUAAGCAUCGACCAGGAGUGGAAAGUGCGGAUGCCGGAGAUUUGAGAGCAAUGAAACAAGUGCGGGAAAAACUUCAGUGUAAAUCUUUUCAAUGGUUUAUGAAAGAGAUUGCUUUCGACCAGGACAAGUACUACCCAGCAGUGGAACCAAAGCCAUCAGCUCAAGGUGAGGAAACAAGUUGUCUCAGACAACUACUUUUGCAUGCAUACCAGUUCGGCACAAGUUCUUCAAAAUCUAUCAAAUCUUUUCGGAGGUUAAAAAGUUGCAAGUGAAUUUUUCUAACAGGUGAAAUACGUCAUUUAUUGUCAAAUCUAUGUAUCGAUACGCAAUACAAAGAGCAGAAUCAACGAUUUGGUCUGCGGAGGUGCACUUCUGAUAACAAAGAUGAAGGUGGUGAGCAGGAUAUUCACUUAUCCCGCUGGCACGACAUUCGUCCCAAAGGUCGUAAAGUUUGUUUUGACGUGUCCCAGAGCUUUGAUAAAGCGCCGGUGGCGUUAUUUGACUGGUGCGUAUUCCUAAAUAUGGUGCUUUCGGAAUGUUCUGCUUCAGUCACUCUAUGAAAGGUAAUCAAUUGUUCAAAUAUCGAACGGCCCAAAAGCAAAUAUAUCAUCCAAUAUCGGGCCAGUGUCUAACUGCUGAUGAAAAUGGAAAAGGCUUCUUAUAUAUGAGCAAGUGCGACAGUCAAUCCGAGAAGCAGAAAUGGAAAUGGCAGGUAGGCAGUUUUUAUCCAACUAUUCUUCUUGGGGAUCUCGCAGAGGUUUCCACCGCCCGAAAAUUGGACCAAACCUGCACAAGCGUUUUUUGCAAAUGCGCUCCAUUUACAAUUUUUUUGGCGUCCAACAUUUUCAUGUUCUCUCACUUCUCUGGUAAUUCGAUAUUAAUCUAAUUAGAAAGUUACCAAUCUAACCGCAAUCUAAUUAUUAUCGCGGUAUUCUUCUGCAAUCGCUCUCUGUUCGCUAUCUGGCCGAAUUUCUAGGCGGCGAAUUAAUUUUCCACUGAAAAUGUGGCCUAACUUUUCAAACUCGGCCCGAGGUCACUCAAUUUGAGGCGAUUGCUGUGAAAUACCGCCAUAAUAGAUUAGGCUGUAUUUCUAGGCGCAAUCGAGAUUUGAGCCAGCAAAGGGUUGGGGUGAAAAUUGAUUUGAGCACAUAUUAAUCUAGCUAGAAGAUUUAUUAAUCUAACUACACGGUGAUUCUUUGCGAGGGUGACGAGGAAAAUUCUAGUCCAUUUGGCCCGGGGUCGCAGGCCGUGGUACUAGGCCACGGUUUCCGCCGAGUCCCCCGGCUGAACAAGAAAUUAUUAGGCCACGCCAGAAGUUAGGCCAGGAGGCCGAACCGAAGAAACUCGGCCAUGGGGAAUUUUUCACGAAUUUCGCGCUUGUUUCAUAUUUUAGCGCUUGUUCUCUGUCAAUGAAUGCUUGUUUUCGGCUGAGUUUUGUAUUUUUUCAUCUCAAACAUGAAAGAACGCAGUUUAUAGAAGCUUUAUUAUUUUUUAGUAAUUGUUAUCGACAGAGAAAAAUUGCCAACAGCAAAAACCAAUAACAGCGCUGUGUAAUAUUCCUGAAAAGCAGUAAGAACGUCUUCAAAAUGCUGUCGGAAACAAUUGCGGCUAAACAGAAAGCGCGCGCGCCAAACUUGCAAAAUUGCGUGCGGCAAUUGCGCAAGACCACGCCCCUUCUUUGAAUGGUGGCCGAGUUCGCGGCGCGUUUCUCACUACACCCUCGCAAAGAAUCACCGUGAACUAGGAGCCAGGGCUGGGCAAAACAUUGGCCGGCCUUGGCUGGCCAACGGUCGGCCAAGGCUUUGGCCGGGCUAGAUGCAAGCGCGCUCCACUGCAAAAAAGCCUUGGCCGGCCAAUGGUACGGUAAGCAAUUCGGUUCACUGAGCGGUGUUUGCACACAAAGCAUUUUAAAUAAAGAAAAAAUCGAAGAAAUUAUUUUAAAAUGAAAAGAAGACAUGCUUGAAAGUAGAAAAAAGGUGAAAAGAAAAUAAGUGAGUUAAAUUUCGAUGAAAUGAAAGCUGACAAAUUUCGAAAAUUAGCAGAAGUGAAGAGAAAAAUAAAAGAGAACGACAGAAUUAAUGAGAACGAGAUGCAUGAGAACGAAACGAAAGAAAAAAAUGUAUGGGAACAACGUUAUGAAUCAAAUUCAUAAGAAUUGAGCAUUUUUCUGUGAAAAUAUUUGAUCAUGAAGUGAAAAAAAACUUAGAAAAAAAAAGAAAACCCUUUCGAAAACUGGCCUCGGCCGGCCAACUCAGGGAUUUGAAGUGAGGAAACAGCGGCGGAAAGCGGGUGGAACACACUUACAACCGUGUUUCGCCACAGUGCCGCCGCUGUUUCGCCAGAACUCCGCCAGAACAGUGCGUCGUUUUCCGUUGCAACGGCGUUCCGCCACCGUUUCGCCAAAGCUGCCGCCGCAGUGGUCUCGCCACGAUUUGAGUUUGGCGAAACAGCGUUCCGCCGCAGUUUCCUCAAAACGCCUCUACCGCCGCUGUUUCCUCACUUCAAAUCCCUGAGAAGGCUUUUUUGCAGUGGAGCGCGCUUGCAACUAGCCCGGCCAAAGCCUUGGCCGACCGCUGGCCAGCCAAGGCCGGCUAAUGUUUUGCCCAGCCCUGCCCAUAACUAAUCCGAAAAACCUAAUCUUGUCGAAUGAAUAGUGUAGGAUGAAACCUUUUUCGAAGUGAGGAAGCAGAAAAAGAUAUUAUCUCGAAGCGCAGAGAAAAGAGAAUGAAAUUUAUUUUUCCUCAGACAUCGCGUGUGGUCCCUAUUGGCGGUGUUUCUUUACAUUGUAUUAUUAUAGGCCACCGCACAGAAAUGGCGCUCUGUUGAGAAACUCUUUUUGCAGUGCAACUUGAGCGACCUCGGGGCCGAAUUUGAAAAGUUAGGCCACGUUUCCAGUGGAAAAUUACUUCGCGGCCUAGAAAUUCGGCCAGAUUGAGAACAGAGCGGAAUUUCUGUGAGAUGCCCCUAUAAUAUUCGGUAUUCCUAAGAAUAGAAUGUCAAAGAAGUUUAUUUUUUGUUGAGAAAACAAAUCGUACGUACUAUAUAUCCUCCGCAUAGGAGCGGAGUUGAUGUAUCAGCGCUGAUUCGCCAUAAAACUACAGAAAAACAGUUUGAAUACGGUCUAAUGAAUAUUGUUUCAUAUGAUACAUAGCGAGGGCCGUAAAUUCACAUGUCCCCCACCUAAUCCAAAAAUUGUAUGAAAACACCAUUUUUCUCAUCCCUUCCUUUCAGAAUGUGGAUGUCGAGUUGUUAAGUAAUCGCCAAGCUAAUGAAGGGCAAGAACUCGAAUAG